AUGAUCACAAAUCUAUAUGUUAUCACGGCAAUAUCCGUGAUCGGAGGGGCAUUGUUUGGUUUCGAUUUGUCCUCUAUGUCCGCGAUCAUUGGAACAAAUCAGUACAGAUGCUACUUCAACCAAGGGCCUCAUGGGCCCCCAUUCAAUGACUCGCCCAACUGCUCGGGCCCAUCUUCUACUGUACAAGGCGGAAUAACAGCAUCUAUGCCGGGCGGUUCGUUUGUCGGCUCUCUUGUCUCGGGAUUUCUCAGCGAUAGGUUCGGUCGCAAGUCCUCAAUCCAGAUCGGCUCUGUGAUCUGGGUGAUUGGAAGUGCUAUCUCCUGUGCAGCGCAGAACUACCCCAUGUUAAUCGUUGGCCGCUUUAUCAAUGGCGUCUGUGUAGGAAUUUGUUCAGCACAAGUCCCGGUCUAUGUUUCUGAACUUGCGCCUCCAAAUAGAAGAGGACUUGUUGUAGGUACGCAACAGUGGGCUAUUACAUGGGGAAUUCUUAUCAUGUUUUAUGUCUCAUAUGGGUGCUCGUUUAUGUCUGGGCCUGCUGCUUUCCGAGUACCAUGGGGAAUUCAAAUGUUACCCGCAUUUGUUUUGAUCGUGGGUCUGUUCUGGCUACCAGAAUCUCCGCGGUGGCUUGCACGAAACGAUCGCUGGGAGGAAUGUCAACAAAUCUUACAGUUAAUCCAUUCUGGCAAGCAUGAGAGCGACGAUUUUGUGAGCUUAGAAAUGAGACAACUUAGGGAGGCCUGUGAUGAUGAGCGUCUCCACUCGGAUGUUUCAUUCGGUGAACUUAUUGAGCCAAAGAUGCUUUGGCGUGUUCAUAUUGGUAUGUUUGUACAGAUAUGGUCUCAGCUGACAGGAAUUAAUGUCAUCAUGUACUAUAUCACAUUCGUCUUCGGCAUGGCAGGUCUCAGUGGAAAUUCAAACUUGGUGGCAUCCUCCAUCAGUUACGUGAUCAAUGUUAUCAUGACAAUUCCGACGCUAUUCCUUGUUGACCGCAUAGGCCGCCGAGUUAUUCUACUGUCAGCCAGUGUCUCUUUAACCGUCUGGUGGUUUAUUUGUGCCGGGCUCAUGGGAGGAUACGGUCAUGCAGCUCCGCCAGGUGGCAUAGACAAUGUGCCUGAAGAAAGCUGGUCUAUCACAGGGGGCCCAGCGAAAGUCGUUAUUGCAUGCUCAUAUCUAGUCGUCGCUUCGUUUGCCCCGAGCUGGGGUCCGAUCAGCUGGGUUUAUCCUCCCGAACUCUUCCCGCUGAGACUAAGAGGCAAAGCUGUCGCCCUUGCUACUUCCAGUAACUGGAUUUUCAAUUUUGCUCUGAGCUAUUAUACCCCGCCAGCUUUUGUUAACAUCAAGUGGAAGACCUACCUAAUUUUCGGUGUUUUUUGCUUUGCCAUGACUGUGCAUGUAUUCUUUUGUUUCCCAGAGACUGCUGGAAGAACUUUGGAGGAGGUGGAUGCAUCUCUUAAUUCUAACACGCCUGCGUGGAGAACUAGAGUUGGGAAACGCAGUUUCAACGAUGAUUCGUCGGAUUCGAAUGAAAACGAACGAAACAACAUCACGGAGAACUCGGAUAAAGGUACGACUAACUCGGACGCGUUACACGUAGAGAAGGUGUGA